AUGGCUACGCCCAAGAUAAUAUAUCUUGGGUACUUUGUUUUGCUAGUGGCCAUCGUGGUCGAGGCAGCAAGUACUCCUCCGGGAAUCGCCAACAAUCCUUCAAGAGCAUCAUGUAAGAUCAAAAAGUACAAGAUGUGCUAUAAUUUGGAGCAUGUUUGUCCUAAGUUUUGCCCUGAUAGUUGUGAAGUAGAAUGUGCUUCAUGCAAGCCUAUUUGUACUCCAAGAUCGUCGAGUGGCGGUGACACGGGUUCCUCCUCCUUGCCUGAAUACGACUCACCUUCGUCUGAUGCAGGAUCAUCACCAUCACCACCUGUAAAAGAAGCACCUUCUUCUUCUAAUGUAGGAUCAUCACCACCUCCAAGUGGAUAUGAUUCACAAACGCCGCCAUCAUCACCACCUACGUCUAAAGAUGGUUCGGGUGGUAAAAAAGGUAAUGAAAAAUCCAAAGAGAGUAAAAAAGAAGAUGAUAAGGAUGAAAGUGGAAAGAAAGGAGAUGAUGAAAAUGGUGCCAAGGAAACAAGGGAUGAGGGUGAGAAGGAAAAUAGUAAAAAAGGAGCUCGUGAAGGUAAAAAGGGAAAGGAUGAUGGUGAAGGAGGUGAAAAAGAUGAUAAGGAUAAAGGUGGUAAAGUAAGAAAUGAUGAGAGCAAAAGUGGUAACAAAGGAGACGAUGAAGAUAAAGAAGGUAAAAAAGGAAGUGAAAAAGAAGAUGACAAAGAUAAAGGUGGUAAAUUAGAAAACGAUGAGAACAAAGGUGGUAGAAAAGAAGAUGGCGAGAGCAAAGGUGAUAAAAAAAAGAGCGUUGAGGAAAAAGACGGUAAAGUAAAACAAGAAGAAAACAAAAGUGGCAAAACGAGUAACACAGGUUACAACGGAAGUGAUAAAGAAGACGGUAAAGAUCAAGGUGGUAAAAAAGGAGAUAAAAAUGGCAGUGAAAAAGUAAGUGACAAUGACAAGGGUGAUAAAAAAGGAAAAGAUGAGAGCAAGGAUGGUGAAAGAGGAAAAGAUGAUAAUAAAGAAGGCAGUGAUAAAGAAGAAAAUGAAGACAAAGAAGACAAAGAAGGUAAAAAAGGAGAGGAUGAUCACGAAGGAGCUAAAAAGGAUAAUAAAGAUGGAGGUGGUAAAAAGAGAGAGAAUGACAAAAAAGAAAGUGACGAAGAUAAAGAUGGUAAAAUAGAAAACAAUAAGGGCAAAGGUGGUAAAAAAGGAGACGAUGAGGAUACAGAAGGGGAAAAAGAAGAUAGUGUCACAAAACGUGACGACAACAAAGGAAGAUGA